AACAAACCUGUGAAGACAAGAUGAUACAGAACAAGAUUCAACUGGUUGUUUUUCUCGCAGGAAUCCUGUCCAAGGCUUCAUGUGAUCUGUAUCAAAUCAUCCUGAUCCAAGAGCCAAAGACCUGGACAGAAGCACAAUCCUACUGCAGAGAGAAUUACACGGAUCUGGCAACGGUUCAGAGCGAUGAAGACAGAGCCAAACUAAAGGAGGCAGCAAACGCUGUGAACUUUCAGUCUCUGGCCUGGAUCGGUUUCUACAGAGAGGUGUGGCAUUGGUCAUAUCAAAACACACCGAUCAGUUAUGUGACGUGGGAUACUGGGAAUCCAGACGUACCCGUCACAGACGAGGCCUGUGUGGGUGAAAAACCCAGUGGACAAUGGGGUGACAGAUACUGCACUGACCAAUACAAUUUUUUUUGCCAAACUGACAAACAGGACACACUUCAGAACAAGUUUAAGUUAAUUGGAACGAACAUGAACUGGUAUGAUGCUCAAAUUUACUGCAGAACAAACUACGUAGACCUUGCCACCAUUUCAGACAACACAGAGAACACGUUCCUCGCAAAAGUUCUUUCUGACUUGGGCAUCUUGUAUGUUUGGAUCGGCCUGCACAGGACCACACUGAUCCCAUCGAUCCCAUGGCAGUGGUCAGAUAAAAGCAGUGUAUCAUUGUCCUCUGUGAAAUGGGUGUCUGGGCAGCCUGAUGUGAAUGGAAACAAGGAUUGUGCAAAAGCCAGUACUGGAGGAUUGAUGUCUGAUGACUCCUGCUUGACUCCAUUGCCUUUCUACUGCCGCGAAUUCAAGAAAAAAAUACAGCGUGUGAGAUUCACAAUCACAUCAGACGGACAACUGGACAAAUCUGUAGUGAUGGAGGCCAUAGAGAAGAAGAUGAAGGAGAUCCUCUCAGAUCAAGACACAUCCAGCAUAAACUGGAGCGUCCAACCUGACGGGGAGAUCUUCCAGCAGCAGAAAACACAAGAAAACACACAAGAGAAGAGGUGUUUGAUCCAAUGAAACGCUAGACUCUUAUUCAAGCGACAACUUGUCCAAACAUUAAUAAAUAUUUAAGGAAAAUGCAUUCAUUAUAAAUUAAAGAUGUUC